AUGGAAGUUGUUGCUUCUGCUCCGGGGAAGGUUUUGUUGACUGGUGGGUACUUAAUUUUGGAGAGGCCAAAUGCUGGGAUUGUUCUGAGCACAAAACGCACUUUCCGUGCUUCAACCUAUCCUGCUAUAGUUGUAAUCAUUUCCAUGCUUUUGAGAGUUCUGAGAGCUUAUCAUGUUCAAUUUGAUGCAAAUUCACUUACAAAUGCUAUUGCAACUUUCCAAUGGAGGAUCAUGCUUUACUGGUCUCCUCAGCUUUCCAGAGAAAGCAUGUACAAACUGUCUCGGAAACAUUUAACACUUCAGUGUGUAUCUUCAAGUGAAUCAAGAAACCUUUUUGUAGAGAAUGCAAUUCAAUAUACUAUAGCAGCUGCAUAUGCGACAUUUGACAAGAAUAAGAAGGAUGCAUUAGAUAAACUGCUCUUACAAGGUCUUGAUAUCACGAUCUUAUGUUGCAACGACUUUUACUCAUACAGAGGUUUCUUUUUUGAAGCACUUGGACUUCCAUUGGCACCAGAAGCAUUGGCUACUCUACCACAUUUUACAUCAAUUACUUUCAACUCUGAGGAAUCACAUGGAGGAAAUUGUAAACCUGAAGUUGCAGAAACUGGAUUGGAUUCAUCUGCAGCAAUGACAACAGCUGUGGUUGCUGCUUUACUACAUUACCUUGGUGUUAUUAACCUUUCCACCUCUUCCGAAGAUCAACACCGACUAAAUAAGAAUUCCAUGGAUCUUGAUAUCAUGCAUAUGAUAGCUCAAAGCGCUCACUGUAUUGCCCAAGGUAAAGUUGGCAGUGGCUUUGAUGUCAGUUUUGCUGUCUACGGGAGUCAGUGUGAUGUUUGUUUUUCACCAGAAGUGCUUUCUGCUGCUCAGGCUGCAGUGAAAGGGAUGCCAUUAGAGGAAGUAAUUCGGAACAUUCUAAAUGGAAAAUGGGACCAUGAGAGGACUGAGUUCUCUGUACCACCAUUAAUGACACUCUUACUAGGAGAACCGGCAACUGGUGGAUCAUCAACACCGUCAAUGGUAGGUGCUGUUAAAAAAUGGCAGAAGGCUGAUCCCGAAAAAUCCCAAGAAACAUGGAUAAAGCUAGCCAAGGCUAAUUCAGAACUCGAGAUCCAACUCAACAUGUUAAGAAAAUUAGCUGAAGAACAUUGGGACGCUUAUAAAUGUGUGAAUGUGAUUGAUAGGUGUAGCAGGCUUAAACAAGCAAAGUUUUCUCGGUUCAUUUUGUGUUCUCUUCCUUCCAAAUGCCUACUUCCAAGAUGGUCUACAAAACCAAUUGCAUGGACAGUGGUGGAGGGAGUGACUGAGCCAAUCAAAGAAGCAGUUGUUAAAGCAUUGCUAAGGGAAAGGGAGGGUAUGCUUGAGAUUCAAAAUCGAAUGCGAACGAUGGGAGAGGAUGCAGGCAUUCCGAUAGAACCUGAAUCACAAACUCAACUUCUGGAUGCUACUAUGAACAUGGAAGGAGUAUUGUUAGCUGGCGUUCCCGGAGCAGGUGGAUUCGAUGCCGUCUUUGCUGUUACCUUGCGUGAUUCUAGCAGGAAUGUGACAAAUGCAUGGAGUUCGCACAAUGUUCUGGCCUUGUUAGUUAGGGAAGACCCUCAAGGUGUUUGCUUCGAAAGCGGCGAUACGCGAUGCCGGGAAAUUCUUCGGCAGUUUCUUCCGUCAACGUCUAGUGAGCUUUUGAUUUCUUGUUUUUGCAUAUGAUGAGUUAGGAAUGUCAUUUUAAUACUUGGUGGGAAAUGUGGAUUUAC